AUGUUUAUUAUUGAAUAUUCAAGUAGUACAAGUUAUAUUAAAUAUAAUCUUUUAAAUAAAAUAAAAAGUAAUAAUAGUAGUAGUGUUGAAAAUGAUGGUGAAAGUGUUGGGGCUGGAAGUGGUGGUGGAGGAGAUGUUAGUAAUAGUAGUGGUGAUUUAAGUUUUAGUAAUAAUAAUAAUAAUAAUAAUACAGACUCUGAUGAUUCAAAUAGAAAUCGAAAUCGAAAUCAAAUUCAAAUCAAUAAAUCAGCAGAUAGUCUUAGUUCUUCAUUGAGUCGGUUGCAUUCCAGCCAGAAUCUAGACGAUGACCAUAGCCACGACGACGAUGACUUGCUAAGCGAUGAGUAUGUCAUCGACUCCGAUGCUAUCAGACAGGAUCUCCCAACAUCUUCAGCACCUCUCUCUCCUCGUAGCACUUUUGGAACCGACACCAAGAGUGAUAUUCCAGUCCCAAGAUUCAUCAUUUUCAAUCAGGCUCUAAAUCGCUCAUCUUCCCCCACUUCCCCUAUAUUCCUUUCAGUACCAUCAACUUUAUCUUCCUCACCACCAUCAACAACAAUAACAAUAACACCAACACCAACAACUAUACCAUUACCUCCACCACUAUUAGAUAUACAACAACAAGAACAACAGCUACAACAACAACAACAACAAUUACCAAUUCAAGAAAAGAUUAUCAAUAAUAAUAAUAAUAAUAAUUUAGAUGAUUUCGAAUAUACUUUGGAAGAGCGUUUAAGAUUCAAAGAGUUAUUGUAUUUGGAAUUGAAUAGUAUCGAUUUGGCUGCAGGUGGAGAAAGUAAUAUUGCAGGACUAUCAGCUAAUAAUACCAAUGAUAAUAGCCGGAAACGACCUGAAAUAUAUGGAUUUUGUGAAUGUACUCUGCUACACAAUCAUUUGAAUAUUGCGAAUCUAAUCAUCACAUCAGAGAAUCUAUGUUUUCUUCCCAAGCAAUUAGCUCCCAAGGGCUAUUUCCUCGAGAGUUAUCUUCAGAUGAAAGGCGAUUUCUUCUGGAAGAAAUAUUGGUUCGUGUUGAGUCACGACUCUAUCUCAUGGUACAGAACAUCGGAAGCCAAAGAAACAUUCUAUCCAAACGGAACCAUUCCACUACGCAAAAUUACAUCUAUCCAAAAACUACCGCGCGAAAAUGCUUCGCGUCCAUUCUGCUUUGAGAUUGUCACCAACUCGCAUAUGUAUUUGUUUCAAGCAGAGUCAGAGAUUCAGUUGAAUCAUUGGUGUUCAGAAAUCUCGAGAAUUCAAAGAAAUCUUACGGUUAUAUUGCCAUUCUCUGAUAUUGUAACGAUCGAGAUGGAAAGCGAUGCUGCUUUGUUCUUUGAUGCAAUCUACAUGACCACCAAGCGUGGUGAAAAAUACAUUGUCACGCCAUCCAUCAACUCAAUCGAUAUCUACAAACUAAUGUUGAACGUCUGGCAUCUCUCAACAAGCAAAAUCAACGAGAAACGACCACUAAGUACAUCAACAGCAUUGCGACACAUUGAAUUCCAAAAGAUAUUUAGACUUACUCAAAGACCUAAUAUUAUAAAUGUGAAAACAUGUUUACUCUUUAAUGAUGAUAUAUCGUUGGAGGGUAAUAUUUAUUUGACAGUGGAUGGACUAUAUUUCAAUUCCGAUGACAGUCAUGAUGAUGCGGUGGUUUUGAUAAUUCCGAUAUUGGAUAUCAUUUCGAUUUGUAUUGAUACAAAGUCUGACUCGCCAGAGGCAAUCAAAGUGGUUACAGAGGACUAUGAGGUUUUCAACUUUGAUUUGAUUGAAGAGUAUGACGAUUUCUUUGAUCAGAUAGUAGAGGCAUUCACCAAAACCAAGCCUACAUUGGCAUACAGCAAACUCGACAACAUACCUCUCUCAACUGAUAAACCACUGAAAAAAGAUAGUUCAAGAUGGAGAACACUCAAAUCUUUCCUACCAACCAUUCCUCUUCCAAAAUCAAUACCAAUUUCCAUUCCAAUUGGAAUGUUUAAAUCUAAAUCAAGCGCACAAUUGACAUCACCCAACAACAACAAUAAUAAUAAUAAUACAACAAAUGUAAAUAGUUUAGCAAAGAUUAGUAGUAGUAAUAGUACAAGUAGUAGUAAUCUAUCUUCUAGUCCUGUAAAUAGCAAUUCACUCAGUAGUAGCUCUGGUAUUGCAGCGAAUCAAGAGCAUGACAAAACUAUAUUUAUUCAAAAGAAUCUUCAACCCAAUAUGAUAUCAAUGCUUCACAAAGACUUUCCGGCGCUGCCGAUGAACGAACCGAUCAUUUCACAUCAAACAUGUACACUUUUUUAUUAUUCAACCGAUACAUUCAUUGAAGGUCAAAUAUUUAUCACGAAAUCAUAUAUUGCCUUUUCACCAACAAACAGCAACAACAAAGAAGAACAAUCCAACAAUAUGAAAGCUCUAAUUCCCUUUGAAGACGUGAUCGGUAUAAAGAAAGAGAGAUCGGUCGUCUUUUUCAAGCCUUGUAUCAAAGUGAUCACCAGUGAUCAUAAAUGGAUAUUUGGAUCGAUUACCAAUUUCUACAGUCUUUUCAAGUUGCUUUUGGACAUCUGGCACACCUCUACGGCACAGCAUGAACAGGGCAUUUUCACACCUUUGGAGUCCGUUAGAAUUAGAGAGAAUCUAGGACUGCCAAACGACGAACCUCUCAUAACCUGGUUCAAUUGUACAAACUUUAGGGGUGCCCAACUGAAGUAUGGAAUUCUCUAUCUCACCAAACAUUUCAUUUGUUUCCGAUCCAAGUUUGGUAUUAAGCGACGAAUCAUUGUCAUACCAUUCUCCUCGGUUACAGACAUCCAAAGACACACAGUCCUGCUUCCCAACGGUUUGAAAAUCACUACCAAUCAACAGGACAUUGAGUUUGCUUCAUUCUUGAAACGUGGUCAAGUCUAUGAUAAGCUUAUGAAACUGUGGAGACAAAAUCAAGCAUCGGAAACGCCUACACUCUACAAGAGCAAUGGAAUGCCAAAGCUCGAUCUCAUGAGCAUAUCAUCUCCACAGAUUGCCUCUGCAACUGGAUCACCUGUCAUUCUCUCACCGAUCCCAGCAAAGCUAUUGAAAGUAACCAUCCUAACUAUUGGAUCGCGUGGAGAUAUUCAACCAUUUCUUGCACUGGCGAUUGCACUCAAGAAUUUUGGACACUCUGUAACGCUGGCAUCGCACGAACUCUACAGGAAUAUGAUUGAAAACGAUUUCGGUUUGAAGUUUGCACCCCUAAGUGGAGAUCCCAAGGAAUUGAUGGAUCUCUGUGUUAGAAACGGAAUUUUUACACCGAAAUUCAUUAGAGAAGCGUUGUCAAAGUUUAGACAGUUUAUUGACGAUCUACUUCAAAGUUGUUGGUUGGCAGCACAGGGUGCAGAAGCUCUGAUUGCCACACCUGGAUGUUUCGCUGGUCCUCACAUUGCAGAGGCACUACAGAUACCGUUUUUCCACUCAUUUACCAUGCCUUUUACUCGUACUAGAAUGUAUCCCAAUCCAUUUGCACCGUUUGCAUCGACUCAGAUGGGUGGUGUAUUCAAUUUGGCAACUCAUAUUAUGAUGGAGAAGAUCUUGUGGCAACCGGUAAGUGGUCAGAUCAAUGCUUGGCGAUCAGAGACUCUGAAGCUACCAGUUUGGAGCUCGUCUGUUUCAAUCAACGAAACCUACAGACUUCCAUAUCUCUAUUGCUUCAGUAAACACUUGGUUCCAAAGCCACCCGAUUGGGGUGAUGAAAUCUGUUUGACUGGUCACUGGUUCCUUCCAGAGACAAAUGACCAUCCGGCGCCUGACUCGCUGAUUGAGUUCUUAAAUAAGGGUAGUCCACCUAUCUACAUUGGAUUUGGUUCAAUUGUUAUUGAGGAUCCAAAUUCUCUAUCGGAGCUGAUCGUAGAAGCAAUGAAGUUGACCAAGAGAAGAGCUAUAAUUUCUCAGGGUUGGGGUGGAUUAAAGUUGAGUGGUGAAGCAAAUCCCGAUAUCUACCUUCAGGAACAACCGAUUUCGCAUUCCUGGCUGUUUGAAAGAGUUUCUAUGGUGAUUCAUCAUGGUGGUGCCGGUACAACUUCGCAAGGUAUAUUGAGUGGUAAGCCAACUAUUAUCGUUCCGUUCUUUGGAGACCAGUUCUUCUGGGGAGAGCGAGUCAAAGAGUUGGGUAUCGGAAAAACAUUGUCCAGUAAAACGCUCUCUGCCAAAUCGUUGUCCUCUGCAAUUCUCUCGUUGAUCGAUGAUCCCGAUGUCGACACCAAAGUCAAGUUGAUGUCAAAGAAAUUCCAAGACGAGAAUGGAGUGAAGAAUGCACUCGAUAACUUCCACCGAUACCUCCCGGUUGCUCAUAUCCCACCACUGAAACAACCAUACGGUUCAGUUACCAGUUGCACCAAUUGCAAACAAACGUUUGGCUUACUCAAUCAGAUGGUGCCACUCUUACAAACGAGAUUCAAUUGUAACCACUGUGGAAAGGUAUUCUGUGAGAAAUGUACAGCCUCAAAAAUCGCAAUUCCCAAAUUCAGAAUUAGUAACCAAGUAAGAGUUUGUGAUAGUUGUUACUCAACAAUUCAAAAUGAUCAACAAAUUAAAGAAUAA